CAGAUGAACCUGUCGCAGUACAACGACACGGACGAGUGCAAUGCGCGCCCCGUGGCCGAGGACACGUGCCUCAUGUUCUCGGGCCACUCGAAGCUGGAGUGGACGUUCGCCGUGAACGCAUGGAUCUUCGGCGCCAUGAUCGGCUCGCUGUGCUGCGGCCACUUCAGCGACAAGUACGGCCGCAAGAAGGCCCUCAUGGGCAACUGCAUCUUCAUGAUCGUGGGCGGCGUCGUGCAGGCGUCGGUGUCGAACAUUUGGUUGUUCGCUCUGGGCCGCCUCAUCGCCGGCCUCUCGUCGGGUACGGCCACGGCCACGAUCGGCGGCUACAUCAACGAGCUGUCGCCGCCGCACAUGCGCAACACGCUGGGCCUGGGCCUGCAGAUCUUCACGACGAUCGGUAUUUUGGUGCCGGCCAUUUGCUUCUUCUUCGCCAACACGAGCUCUGGCUGGCGCUACCUGGCUGCGUUCCCGGUCGUGCUGGCCGUGAUCUACCUGCUGCUGGCGCCGUCGAUGUGCGUGGAGAGCCCCGCGUGGCUGCUGACCAAGGGCCGCAAGGAGGAGGCCAAGCAGGUCAUCGCUCGUCUGUACGGCGAGGAGCACGUGCAGACGGCUCUGUCGUGGCUGGAGGUGAGCAAGGCCAGCGCCGAGGAGGGUCUGCUCGACUCUGCGCCCAAGAAGGAGUCGAUGUUCGCGCCGCGCUACCGCCUGCAGCUUCUGGGCGGCAUCAUGCUGUCGAUGGCGCAGCAGCUGUCGGGCAUCAACGCCGUGUUCUACUACUCGGGCAGCAUCUUCUCGGACGCCGGUAUCUCGGACUCGCGCGUGGGCACGCUCAUCAUCGACUUCAUCAACAUCUGGCCGGCCUUCUUCACGGGCGUGCUGGCCAACCGCUUUGGCGCGCGCAACAUGAUCCUGUGGGGCCUGUCGGGCAUGGUGGUCAUGUCCAUCGGUAUGACGGUGGCGUUCAUCGUGGACGUGUCUGCUCUGUCGAUCGUGUUCACUGCGCUGUACGUGAUCGUGUUCGGCGUGACGCUGGGUCCUCUGGUGUGGGUGAUGACGGCCGACAUUUUCCCGGACUCGAUCCGCGCCAGCGCGUCGUCGCUGUGCAUCGGCAUCAACUGGCUGUGCAACCUCAUCGUGGGCGUGUCGUACCCGUACGUGUCGGACGCUUUCAACGACUACGCGUACGUUCCGUUCGUGGUGCUGCUGGCGAUCUUCUACCUGCUGGCGCUGAAGCUGGUGCCGGAGACGUCGGGCAAGUCGGCCGAGGAGAUCCAGGCCGAGUACGACUCGCGUCGCGAGCAGUAGAGCGAGCGAGCGAGCGGCACGUGGGCAGUAGUUAGUGUGUCUCGUUAGCUUUCCUUCGUUCGAUCGUUCGGUGAGACCGUUGUCUUCGACCCCAUAGUUUCUUUCGGUGGUAAAAGCGAUGGUACGAAUAUACUAGUAAUUUGUUUUUAUGAUCUACUCCGUCGACGUUUGGCAUGUGCUACAGUACAUGAUCAUGAUCUAGAGUUGUUGUCAUUGGAUGUCUUUCAAUGGCUUGUAUUGAUCGAUUCAUGUUUCUAAACCCUCGCCGGCCUCAGUGGCCGAGUCAGCCAGCUCCGAGUCCUGGUUUUUGAGGGCGGGGUCCUAUCACUAAAUCAUAGAACUCGGCGACAAAAAUGGUUAGAAUCCUCCGCGGUGUCGGGGUCUAUCCCAGUGGAGAUCCCACUUAGUGGGCCACUACAUCUACUGUGCGACGGAGUCCGCACAACCUUGGCAGAUCGCAACCGAAUCGAAGCUUCCUACUGGAAACACAGGAAAUACCAGCACUGUAUGCGGCACGGCUCUUACCUGGUCCAUUCGACACGGUAUCUGAUCCAAUCCGACACAAUCCGACACAAUCCGACACAAAAGAUCUUGAAGAGUCACUGCCUCGUCACAUAUGCCGCUUAUCGAAUAGGAAGUGUACGGUUGCGAGUUGUUGCCUACUAUAAUGCAUUUAUACACACCAUGAUUUGCCUACAUUUAAAUGACCCUCGACCGUGUACAGUACAAUAAAUGCCCAUUUAUUAACGUAGUUGAUGCGUACCUGGACGCUGGUAGUGCAGACGGCACUAUGCAGCUGACUGUACGGUAGCUGGGGACGCAACAAGGCAAUUUUGGCCUUUUAACAAUCAAGCACUCUACGAGUGAGCCGUGGCCUACUGGGUGACAAGCGCCAAAGAACAUUUAGCAGCUAAAACCGGCCAGUGCAGGAGACAGAAUCCGAUAGAGUUCAUCGAUCCAAUUACUGUUGCCACGCAGCGUGGGCCCCACGCAACAAAAACACUAGGAAGAAAAAGAAGGGUGUCGUAGCUGUGCCCCCACUCAGAUACACAAUACAAACACCACCCCUACUAUACAGCCGUCCGCGUAUAUAGACUACGACGGAAGGACACCAAGCAAGAGUCCAACAGAGCCAUCAACACUAGCUGAUGACAGCUAGGACAAUAAAUUUAAACAACACGAGUCUUUAGUACAGACCAAAGAGCGAUGGGUUAGAUCAUAAAAUACUAUCCGUGCCAUCGCUUUUAUCUUCCCAACGCUUACAACGAUCCCGCCUAAGUAUUAAUUAGUGUGGCACACUAAUGACUGCCGCCAUUCCACUCGCUAUGUGCGAUUCGUACUCGUUUCGGAUGAAAUGUUUGGUCUGUGACCAACCUCACCCAGAAACUCGUACAUCGAGUGCAUUCAGGCGCCGAACGGACUACAACAAGGGGUGUGGUAAGGUUAUCACCAAGUAAAUGUGCUGCAUCUACUUUCAAAAGCAGGAACUCUAAGAACCACAUUAUUCUGUUGUUUUAUGGGCGUAGCGCAAAAAAAAACAAUCCGAAUUCCUUGAUGCGGUGGUAUCUUCUGGCGUGACCGAAAUUGGCCUACAAAUAUGCGGAUGUUCCGCUGGUAUUUCUUUAGGACGCCACGUUCAGAUUCGAUAGGGGCGCAUCACAGGGAGCUCAGAGAUUCUUUCUCAGCCGGUAGACUGACUAAUAUCUUCAAUUUCAGCCUACAGAUCACUUAUCUUAACGAAACCCUGCAUAUCAUUACUACAGCACCGGGUAGGGCCACUAGCAAGGUGUACGAACUGCAAGAGCGCGUAGUCUUGGGUCCAGCUUAUGACUAAACCGCAACAAAUUCAGUUCUAAAUCAUACAAGCAUACAAUCAUAGUGAAGUCGCUGACUGUUCAUUGCUGCGUCGGCGAACUGUACUUGGUGUUGCUUGAGUGAUUGAUAUUUGUGCCCUCCACAUUUUUGAGUUCGCGCCGCGAUGAUAGCGAGUACGUACUGGACAAGCAGCUAGUAGCUGGGCUCUAUUACGGCUACUGUACUAACUUAUAGCCGCCCAAAGUGCCAGUACAGCGUCAGUACCCUACACUAGACAGACAAAGGAGCUGUAGCUUCGGCGCCACUUUGACUACCACCACCACAACCAUGACAAUCCAACAUGUAGUACUACUUGCACUACCCCGACACAACGCAAGAACACCAAGCAAGACUCUUGCUGCAAGAAUCGAACGAAGACCAACGACACCAGCCGCCAAAAGACAUCCAAUGACAACAACUCUAGAUCAUGAUCAUGUACUGUAGCACAUGCCAAACGUCGACGGAGUAGAUCAUAAAAACAAAUUACUAGUAUAUUCGUACCAUCGCUUUUACCACCGAAAGAAACUAUGGGGUCGAAGACAACGGUCUCACCGAACGAUCGAACGAAGGAAAGCUAACGAGACACACUAACUACUGCCCACGUGCCGCUCGCUCGCUCGCUCUACUGCUCGCGACGCGAGUCGUACUCGGCCUGGAUCUCCUCGGCCGACUUGCCCGACGUCUCCGGCACCAGCUUCAGCGCCAGCAGGUAGAAGAUCGCCAGCAGCACCACGAACGGAACGUACGCGUAGUCGUUGAAAGCGUCCGACACGUACGGGUACGACACGCCCACGAUGAGGUUGCACAGCCAGUUGAUGCCGAUGCACAGCGACGACGCGCUGGCGCGGAUCGAGUCCGGGAAAAUGUCGGCCGUCAUCACCCACACCAGAGGACCCAGCGUCACGCCGAACACGAUCACGUACAGCGCAGUGAACACGAUCGACAGAGCAGACACGUCCACGAUGAACGCCACCGUCAUACCGAUGGACAUGACCACCAUGCCCGACAGGCCCCACAGGAUCAUGUUGCGCGCGCCAAAGCGGUUGGCCAGCACGCCCGUGAAGAAGGCCGGCCAGAUGUUGAUGAAGUCGAUGAUGAGCGUGCCCACGCGCGAGUCCGAGAUACCGGCGUCCGAGAAGAUGCUGCCCGAGUAGUAGAACACGGCGUUGAUGCCCGACAGCUGCUGCGCCAUCGACAGCAUGAUGCCGCCCAGAAGCUGCAGGCGGUAGCGCGGCGCGAACAUCGACUCCUUCUUGGGCGCAGAGUCGAGCAGACCCUCCUCGGCGCUGGCCUUGCUCACCUCCAGCCACGACAGAGCCGUCUGCACGUGCUCCUCGCCGUACAGACGAGCGAUGACCUGCUUGGCCUCCUCCUUGCGGCCCUUGGUCAGCAGCCACGCGGGGCUCUCCACGCACAUCGACGGCGCCAGCAGCAGGUAGAUCACGGCCAGCACGACCGGGAACGCAGCCAGGUAGCGCCAGCCAGAGCUCGUGUUGGCGAAGAAGAAGCAAAUGGCCGGCACCAAAAUACCGAUCGUCGUGAAGAUCUGCAGGCCCAGGCCCAGCGUGUUGCGCAUGUGCGGCGGCGACAGCUCGUUGAUGUAGCCGCCGAUCGUGGCCGUGGCCGUACCCGACGAGAGGCCGGCGAUGAGGCGGCCCAGAGCGAACAACCAAAUGUUCGACACCGACGCCUGCACGACGCCGCCCACGAUCAUGAAGAUGCAGUUGCCCAUGAGGGCCUUCUUGCGGCCGUACUUGUCGCUGAAGUGGCCGCAGCACAGCGAGCCGAUCAUGGCGCCGAAGAUCCAUGCGUUCACGGCGAACGUCCACUCCAGCUUCGAGUGGCCCGAGAACAUGAGGCACGUAC